UUUAUCACUAAUAACUCAAAGUAUGUCCCGAGAGUAAUAUUGUCAUUAACAGAAUAUUAGCUAAGCUGUGGUGAAGGCAAGAGUGAUUUAUAACAUUGUUUCAACAUGGGAUCUGUGAUAGGAAAAGCAAUGGAUGACAAUAUGAAAAAGCAGCAAGAAUUCAUGUUAGAGACCCAAAGAUUACAGAUGGAACGACAAAUACACAUGCAGAACCAGAUGAGAGAAAGAAUGAUGGCCAUGCAGAUAGCUGGAGCAAGGGACAUGUUUUUGUGGUUUGCUUCUUUCUAUGCAAUAGCAACACCUGCAAUGAUUGUUGGAGCAGCAAAGACACAAUCUAAAACACCAUUGGCUCCAAUAUUGCCUUUGACCUUCAUCGUAGCAUACCAGUAUGAUAUGGCAUAUCACUCAAAGAUAGAAAGAAUAAGAGCUGAAGCAGACAGAAUUAUGGACGAUGAACAAGGAUUACUAUGUAUUCCACACGGUGUUCCUACAAUGCAGUCAAUAGAAGCAGCCAGGCUUAAACAGAAAGACAAGGAAAGAUUGUUAGGAAAUGAUAUCUGGAUGUAAAUAAGUCAUGUGAUGUGUCAUGUGAUCUGAGAGUCUGUUAGUUAUUCCAUUCUAGAUAAGUAAUAUGUCUGUCUGGUUGUUGUAACUGGAGCAUUCUCUGUGCACUGUUAGAUUUUAUAUGUAUAUGAACUUUUUAUGAAUGUUUGAAGUGAAUAUUUGUAACUUAAUAAAAUGAAGCAGGAUUUUAUGAAAGUUAUAUACAAAUGUAUGUCCUUUCUAUAAAUUUGUAUUGCUAUUAAACUGGUGUGGUGAAAUAAUCAAAAUAUUUACAGUGAAAUUUAGUCUCACAAACAAAUGAUGACCUCUUACCCCUCAUAUUAUUAAUGAAAAAAUCUGCCAAAUGUCUUAAGUGAAAUUGUUUUGAGCUGAGAAUGAAGUUGAGGAAUAUGAGAGUACCUUUUACUUCCAAAUCAUAUGUGUAUGAAGGUCUGAAUUUGUAGAUAUAGGCUUCUUUGUUUUGAAUGCAUAUGUGUCAUAUUAUAAAGAUGCAUAUUAUAAGUAGAUAUGACAUCAAAUUUAAUAAUGUCAGGUACGAGAAAAAUUUUGAACUUGCAUGCUGGUGCAACUUGAUUAAAGAUUUCAAGUUUAAAUAACUUUUAAAAAAAUUAUAUUUUGGUUUAUACAUGUAUAUCAUAGAAAUGUGGUGUAAUUUAAAAAUGACAAUUGUAUUGUAUAGUAGUGUAUUUGUAAAUGCCUUUAUGAUAGAAGGUCAUAGUGACCUAUAUUUUGCACUUUAGUGACUGUUUAAUCUCAGAAUCCCAUGAUGAUAAUUUUGUCAACAAAUGAAACAUUAACUUUUUCAAUUUUAUACUUUCUUCAUGAAUAAUCUAUAGCUUAACUACAUAAAUUUGCUGUUUGGUUUCUUGCAACUUUUGUGAUUCUUUUCAUUUACAAGUACUAUAUGUAUAAAGUAACAAUGUUCUAUUUGUGCAAAACAUGACUAUUUUCCUUGAUGAUAUUACAAGUACAUUUUAUAUCAAAUUAAACUAUGACCUUGACCCCAAAUUCAAGGUCAUAAAGCAAGGACCUCAAUUGAAAUGACCCUAGGUAUCUACUACAUAUUGAGAUAUAUCACCAUACAACUAAUUUCAAAUAUGAGAAGGGAGACAACUCAUUAAUAAUGUCAACGUACCCUUUCAACCAAAAUUUACGUUAGGAAAUGUUGCAACUGACAAUAGUAAAAAUAUUUUGUAGAUAUUUUAUACAAUUUCCAAGGAGUUGCCAUUAUAAGCAAAAGACAAAAUUUAGAACAUGACCUUGACCUCAAUUUCCUUUUGGUGGACCUCAAAUCUUAUGGUUUAUGAGUAAAAUUUAUAUAUCACUAAUUACAAAUACAGCAUGGAAAUUACUCUCAUAUGGAGUUUCUGUAUCGCUUUGAUCAAAACUGAACAGAACAGCACAGGAAUAUAACGACCAAUAUGGAAAAAUAAACUUUUAAAUUUCUUUUACAUUUUGGCUCACAAGAAAAACAGAGUUUGGGGAGAUAACUCUUACAAUAAAAAGUGUUCAGUUAAACAGAGAAAGUUUCAAAAGCGCAAUAACUGUUCAACAACAUUUAUCAAAUAUUUUAUCAACCUAUGUGAAACAAAAUUCUACGCAUGAAAAAAGGGUGGAUGAAAAGAAAUUAAUUGAAAUCAGAACAAAAUCAAAAGGAAGGUGGAAAGAUCUAAUAAAUAAAAAAUAAAAUGGCAUUAAUAUUUUUCCUUUAAAUAGUGUAUUAUUAUUGUUAUUAGUGGAUCUUUAAUGAUGCUACUGUUUACAAUUAUAUCAUAUAUUUGUUGUGUUUACAAUUAGUUUUUCAUAUAACUUUUCUAUUUGUACAUCAUCCAAUGAUAUAUAUGUUAUCUAAAAAAUGCCUAAUAAAUCAUAUUUAAUAA